AUGUCUCAGACAGUACAGACCAAUGGAGCUCAGCCACUCAGCAAAACAUGGGAGCUAAGUUUAUAUGAACUGCAGAGAACACCACAGGAAGCAAUUACAGAUGGGCUAGAAAUUGUAGUAUCCCCCAGAAGCUUGCACAGUGAGCUUAUGUGUCCAAUUUGCCUUGACAUGCUGAAGAACACAAUGACAACUAAAGAAUGUCUGCACAGGUUUUGUGCCGAUUGCAUAAUAACUGCUCUCAGAAGUGGAAAUAAAGAAUGUCCAACAUGCCGUAAAAAAUUGGUCUCUAAAAGAUCAUUGCGCCCAGAUCCUAACUUUGAUGCCCUCAUCAGUAAGAUCUACCCAAGCCGAGAUGAAUAUGAAGCUCAUCAGGAAAGAGUACUGGCCCGGAUCAGCAAACAUAACAAUCAACAAGCACUGAGCCACAGUAUUGAGGAAGGUCUUAAGAUACAAGCAAUGAACAGAUUACAAAGGGGGAAGAAGCAACAAGUUGAAAAUGGGAGUGGAGCUGAAGAUAAUGCCGACAGUUCCCACUGCAGUAAUGCUUCUGUACACAGUAAUCAAGAAGCUGGGCCCAGCAACAAGAGGACAAAAACGUCUGAUGAUUCUGGUUUGGAGCUGGAUGCAAAUAAUGAAACUGUAACAAUGGAUCCUGUGUUGGAUGGAUCCAAUGAGAUAGAGUUGGUCUUUAGACCUCACCCAACACUAAUGGAGAAAGAUGAUAAUGCUCAGACACGGUACAUAAAGACUUCUGGAAAUGCCACAGUUGAUCAUUUAUCUAAAUACCUUGCUGUGAGAUUGGCUCUUGAAGAAUUUCGGAGUAAAGGAGAGACCAACCAGAUGAAUCUGAAUGCUGCCAGUGAAAAACAGUAUACUAUAUACAUUGCUACAGCCAAUGGACAAUUUACAGUUUUAAAUGGCUCAUUUUCCCUGGAACUGGUUAGUGAAAAGUACUGGAAGGUAAAUAAACCCAUGGAACUCUACUAUGCACCUACUAAGGAGCACAAAUAA